AUGGCGGAGAUCCGCUGGUUCACAGCCAGACUAGAGGAGAUCACGCAGCAUCGCUUCGGAUCCGACGAACACGAUGCUGCAGCUUCGGCUUUCGCAAACAAGUUUCAGUUCCUGGAUGCCCUCGUGGCACAGGGCAAACCCGUCGGUGCUUUCAAGGUCACAAAACCCGAAUGGGCGGAAGCCAUCGACCAGUUCAGAAAGGACUUUGCAGCGGUCAAAGUCUAUCGGCGGCCGAAGCUACAUGUGAUCGAUCCCCCUUCGCCGCUUCCAGCUGCCCAGCCGGCCGACGCUGACGCCUCCAGCGAGAACAACAGCCCUGGGCUGGAGUUCACCCGAACCCAGGUGUUGUACGUAAAAUCCGAAGGAGCUAUCCGGGGUGUACUGCAGGUCCACAAGGUGCCUGAGCCUAUUCUUGGCUAUCAUCUACUCUUUCGUGCAGAGGAAGUGUGGGGAUUGUGCAAACGGGAGCAGCUUUUCUCGAAUUUCUUCAGCAAAUGGCAGGAUGGGCUGGCUUCCGAUGUGCUUGAUGCCUGGCGAAUCAACAGUUCGCACUUUGUGCGGAAAGCUAGUUACAAGGGUGCCGGCUUGAAAGUGGACAGUGAUCGCUACCGCAUACCCUUCGACGGUCUCACGUGGCCCGCCGCGAUGUUUGUGACCGGCUACGUCUUGCAAGCAAGAGGCUGCAAACCGAAGCUGCAGUCUGCUACCUUGGAUGCACUGGAUUCAUUGCUGCACAACAAUGUGUCCGACUUGAAGCUACCCCUCCUGCCGGCGAACCCCAACUGCCUGCUACACAUUCAGAGAGGCUUCGUCAACCUGACCGAUUGGCAAAACCUCCUAGAGUUUACGGGGCUCCAGCCCAAGUGGCAGCGAUGCCAGAUUCUCAGCAAGGCAGAGCAAUCUGUCGAAACAGGUGUUCGCCUCUCUGUGGCAGCUUGGCUUAUCUUGAGAUGUCCUCACGCGGACAAGUUCGAUAUGGCAAUCGACCGAUUCGUGGGUCGCAGCGGCGGUUUUGCCUCGGCUGCUUCAGAAACAACACUAGCCGAAGUGGGCCUAGAGGCCCUGGCCCCGCCGAACUACCAACGGACGACCUGCGAUUUUAUUCAUCGGUAUCUGAAGAAAGCUGAGAUCGAGGUGGGUGAGGUUUGGAUGGGAGUCAUCGCUGUACCAGGCUAUGUGUCGGUGGCUACCCUGCAGCGGCUCUCCGCUCUCCUUCCAUCGGGAGCUUCUCCGCAAGAGAAGAUGGCUGUGGCUGCAAUGCUGUGUGACUCGAGAACAGAAACCCUGGCAGCAGAUGUGAAGAGACAAGAAGCCAAGAAGAAGCUGCCCAAGGCCCUCCAUUCCUUGAAAGAAGAAAGGCUCGCAGCCAAGCAAGAAGUGAAAGCCGUGUGCAACGUCAUGCAGCACACGGGCCUUGAGCUGGAUUCUGUGUGGCCCUUGGAGCCUUUGCGGCCUCUGAACCCAGGGUUCGAGGAAAGGCACGUGUAUGUGCUGGGAGAGGAGCAGCUAGCUUUUAUCCGAGACAUACGGAGCAACGCAUGCCGCUGGGACGUUCCUGUGGAUGCCACAACAAAGCACUUGAGGUUGGUGCUUUGCCCCGACCAGGGGUCGCCCCUUUUCUCUGGGUAUCAAUAUCUUUGUCACUCUGGGGGUGCGGUUGCCUUGAUUCGAGAUGAAAUGAAUGGUGAUGCUGUCUGGGUGGUUGUUCCGUGCCAGACGGCCGGAGUCAAUCCAUUCCAGAUUCUCGACGGCGGCAGCAACGAGAGCUCCUACGCAAAGACUGUGGACACAUGUGUCAAGGCACUGAUGGAUGAGCAGCUCUUCUCGAUCUUCAAGGCGAUUGAAGUGAAGUUCGUGCGACAGCACACCAUGUACAAGGUGCUUCCUGAGUGCCUCAAGAUGUUCCUCAGUAUGGCCCACGAGUUGAUGCAAUAUGCUUUGUAUCUUCGCAGCAGCCCUGCCAACUCGGCAGGGUUGCUUUCAAGCAAGGCAGAUGAUGGUGCGAAAUCCGCAAUUCUGGAAUCUAUGCCCCGGGAGUGGAAACUUGUUUUGUCCAUGGAAGCCCGACCCCAGGCUCGAACCUUGCUCCAUCAGCAUUGCGGGUAUGUGCUGUAUCAGCAGUAUCGAGAAAUUUUGGGCUCCUUCGAAAGAUUCGGUUUCCGGCUUACUCGUGACGGCAUGGAUCUGCUGCAAGCAUGGUUUCCGGAAGUGCCUUGGAGCGCCAAUCUUGAAUCAAUCUUCGGGGAGAUGCAGCAUGCGAUUCGAAGGAGUGGUCGGCCCGAUGUUGGAUCACUCCCGAACCUGAUGACGGUUGCAAUUCGUGGACUGGAGAGGCGAGUUUUCGUCAACCCGGACGAGAGCCCGAAGCCGCUGAAGCUGGCAUCGGAUGAUUGGGUCGGCAAGCAAACGGAUGCUUUGAAACCCAAGAUGUUCAGCCCCACAUCGGCCCAGCCCUGCAACUCGUAA